GUAGACUUCACACCAUGGCUCCUGGACUUGUUGUUGGAUUAAACAAGGGCAAGGCUUUGACCAAGCGUCAAUUGCCUGAGCGUCCUUCUCGUCGUAAAGGACAACAAUCUAAGCGUACCACCUUCGUUCGUUCCAUCGUCCGUGAGGUUGCUGGAUUUGCUCCUUAUGAGCGCCGUGUUAUGGAAUUAAUUCGUAACUCUCAAGAUAAGCGUGCUCGUAAGCUUGCUAAGAAGAGACUCGGUACUUUGAAGCGUGCCAAGGGCAAGAUUGAAGAGCUCACUGGUGUUAUCCAAAGCUCUCGUUUGGCUCACUAAAUGGAUCCUAAUGAAUAAUAAAAUAUGGAUUCUGUACAAAGAAACUUAUUUUCAAGUAAGAG